GUUGCUGCCUGCUUGAACUAUCAGCUCACCAGCCAGGGAGUUGUUUUUCACAAGUUCCCUCGCGACAGUGCGCGUCUCAUUGUUUGGACAGACAUCGUGCGCCGUUGGAACUCCGAGAAGCCGUGGUCGCCAAAUAGCAGGACAUUGAUCUGUUCUGACCACUUUUUGCCCGAAUGCUACCAGCGAGAUCUGCGCUUGUUCUGCGACGCAGGGUUUUCAACCAAGUACGCGCGUCUGGAUCCAAACGCCGUGCCGUCGAUCCUCGAUCCUGGAUCCUCGCCUUCCGUAACAGCCGACGGACUGACGCCGGACGCCGUGUCGUCGUACCUCGUUCCUCGAUCCUCGCCUCCCCAAACAGCAGACGAAUCAUGCGUGAAGCGUCGUCGGACCGGGAGCGGUGACCGCUGUAGCAGCAGCAGCAGCACAGUGUCGAAGGGCAGUAGCUUGCGCGUGGUCACUACAUGGGAUGACGACUCCGAAGCACCAACAUAUGAGUCAUCGCUGGAUGCACCAGUGGCUCGAGAAGAACCUGUUGGUCAGAACCAAGCCAGAACAGCGUGCCUUAGCCAAAGCGGGGACCAGGCUUCCGCUUCUGGGCCAGGGUGCAACAGCAGCACCGCC